UAAAUACGGGUAACCAUGCACAGCUACUGUCAUUUUGAUUCUAGCGGGGCACGUGGUAUAAUCAUGAUGCUACAAAAUAAAAGUUCAUUGUGGCUGAUUGUGCAGCUUUUGGGAUUUGCUAUUGAUGUUUGUCACGGAGUAGAAUUAGGAGGGGAUUGUUCCGCAAAUGCCUGUACCACUGCCAACUCACAUUGCGUUGGAGACGAAUGUGUGUGCGAAACUGGGUUUAAAGAAAACGCUGGUGCUUGCUUAAAAGGAGGUAAAAAAGGAGAUACCACUUGUAGCAAAAUCAUUGGUUCUGCAUGUACUGCUGAAAACGAAAACACGGUUUGCAGUGUAACAAAUUCGGAGUGUAAGGGUGAUGUUUGCGCAUGUAAGGUUGGAUACACAGGAGAUGCCACUUGUAGCAAAAUAAUUGGAAGUACUUGUACCGGAACUGCAGCAUGUUCCGGCGACGAAAAUACAAUAUGUAAAGAAGAUAAAUGUGUAUGUAAAGAGGACUAUGCAGAUAAGAAUGACGUUUGCACACAGACUGUCAGUGGAACAGAUUGCACAUCGGACACAGCAUGUAGCACAAUUGGCAAUGCUGUCUGUGACACAGAUACUAGUAAAUGUAAAUGCGACGCUGACUUCACGAUGAACGUUGACAAAUGUGACCCGAAGAGUUCUGCUGCGAUGGCUGGGUUCGGAGCAAUUGUUCUGUCGCUGUCGGUUCUGACAGCACGUUAUAUGAUGUUCUAAUGGAAUGUUAUUUCGUUGGUUUCAUAUGGAUUUGUAUCCGUCACGUCCAGCGUUUGCUUUAAUUUGCUCGUGUGAAAUCUAUAAUUCAAGAAUUCAUUUAUGUCCCUAAUUAAAAAAGCAUCAUGCAAUUUCCAUGUUUCAUAAUUCAUUGUUACUUUGAACUUAAAUAGAGAGACAUUUACUUUUGAUUUUGCUUAAGUCUGUGCUAUGGGGCGUGGGCAGUCGUGUGCAGUGCUGUUCAUGAAUAGGCGCAAUCUAACCGAGCCUGCAAUAUUUUCAAUUUCGGUGUUCUGGACUUUUUUUAAGGAUUUUGUUCCAAUCUAUUCUACCCAUAUAUAUUUUCUAUGUAAUUUGUUCAUUGCUAAUGACGAUCCUUACAACACACAACAGAAAUGCUUUAAAAAAAUAUUUUCAAAUGAGAAAUUUCAAAGAUUAAAGCUGCAUUAAAUUAAUAUCAUAAUAAAAGAAAUAGCAACAUUUCGUUAAAUGUGUUCCAUAUCGACUCCUGUCCUUAGUUUGGUGCCAAGACAACCAAAAUGCUAUUUUAUGCCUAAAAUACUGCAACCUCUUUGUGGUAAAAUCAGACGUACACUUUCUAUUUGCAUGAGAAACUCGCCUUUGGGUCAUCUGUACAUCAACAGAAAAUCAACAAACACUUUUAAGUAGCAGUCCGAAUUUAACGGGAAAAUUCUGCAUAAUUACGGAUGUUUUCAUACAAAUUCAACAUUUUUAUGAGAUAAUUACUUUCUUGUUAACGACAGAGCUAAUGCACAGUGAAACUAAAAAGGUAAAGUUUUAUUUGCACAAGGAUAUCUCACAUUUGCUGUGAUUUGCAUGGAAACAACUGAUUGCACCACUGUGACGUAGCGCAUACACGGGCUAAUUAGACCAGUCUUUAAAAUAUACGAACUUUAGUAUUACAGUCUGGUUUUCCUUUUAAAAUCAUAACUUAUGAACAAUUUUAAUGAUAUUUUCAACACUACUGUUAAUAUGUUAAGGAAACUAUAGAAUACUUGUUUUUAAAGCCGACGAAAAAAAUAAGUUUACAUAUUUUACUUAAUGCAGCUUUAAAUAACAACAAAAACAAACAGAAACACAUAACCUUAGCACAUUAUAACAAUAUUGUUAAGAUGAUAGUCCACAUUUUGAAUCAUUAUAUAAAGGAAGUUUAAUUCAUUGCUUUCUUUGAUGUUUGUAUCUUUUUAAAUUGUUUCCCUUUUUCUGUUCAUCUGUGUUUCAAAAUAUUCAGAUUAAUAAGUAAAAUUUACAACUGUUUAGCUCUUAAAUGAGGAUUAAUGUUUACUAUAUGAAAAAAAAUUUUGGUUGAUCGUUCUACUUUCAUUUCAUUAAAAGUGGUAUGUUGAAAUCGAAAAGGUAACUAGUCGGUAUAGAGUAUUAUCCGGAAAGAAUUUAUUUUAAUAAGUUAACGAGUGUUUUGAUUAAGUUUAUACAUGUACUUAUUUGAUAUAUAAUUAUUCAUUGUUUAAGGCACACACUUAUCAAAUAGAAUUGCAUCACUUUGUGUUCACUUGAAACUUAACUCGUUGACUUAUUUCAGACAGUUAAAUGACUAGUCAAAACGAGAAUAUAUGAGAUAGGAGCUAUCAUCAGUAUAUGACCUCACACAUGUUACAUAACCGUUUAAUAUUCCCGAUGAACGCCAUGUGAUUAUGGAUAAACGUUUCUGCUCAUUUAAGAAUAUACAAAAAUACACGUUGUGACAUUUUAGAAUAUCGUGUCUUCAAUAAGAUCUUAAAUACUGAUACAUAAACACGAAAUCCCUUGUUUCUUUAAAAUGUUGAACCUCAAAAUGUUUAGCCAUUUUUAAUGAAAGUUAUUUGGUAUAGUUAUUUAUAAUCUGCUAAAAACCUUUAAUCCGUUAUGAUAGUAUUUUAAAUAAAAAUCUUCCUAUAAUAAACAGUUGUAACAUAUA